CUUCGCAAUGGCAGCAGAUCUAACACAGGUUCGGUCCCUCUCUGGUGGUCUUUUCCUCCAAGUGGACGAGCCGUCAGGAUGCCUAAGCGGUCACCAGUGGGAUGAUCAGGACUGCGCGUAAGGACCGUCUCUAAACUGUGCACGGGUGCCAUCUAAGAAGGCCGUAACAGAAGUGCCUAUGACCGCCUCUCUGGUCCUCAACCCUCGCUGGCCAGUGGACGCGCUGAUGCUCGUGUAUGACAAUAAUUUGGACGAUCUGAACAAGAACAUGGAAGGUCUGGUGGGCAGUGGCAACUUCUCCGCCGCAAGUCAGUGUCGCAGCAUCAUGGCGCACUCGGCGGCCGCGGCUGCUCUGGGCAGCCACGCGUCAGGACUGGUCCACCCUGCCACCGGCUACUCCGCUGUGGACGUGUCCGCCUCCGGGUCCGGCGAGUCCUCUGGCAAGCAAUGCCCCGCAGGACCGUGCUCGGCUGCGGCCAUGCCAGCGCAGAGCUCCUCCGCAACCACGCUACCUUACAGCUACUUCAGUAAUGGGUACUACCCCUGCAGAAUGGGUCGGGGGUCUCUGAAAUCCUGCACCCAGGCGGCAGGAGCAACACUCAGCCCGCAGUACAUGGACACCACGGUCAGUGCGGACGAUUAUUCGAACCACCGGACCAAAGAGCUGGCUUUCUACCACGGUUACCCGAGCCCGUACCAGUCCAUGGGCAGCUACCUGGACGUGUCGGUGGUCCAAACUCUGGGAGCUACGGAGGCUCGACACGACACGCUGCUGCCCAUAGACAGCUACCAGCCCUGGGCUCUGACCAACGGUUGGGGAGGACAGAUGUACUGCUCAAAGGACCAGGGGCAGGCCGGACAUCUCUGGAAGUCUGCGCUGGCUGACGUCGUCGCUCACCAGCAUGACGGUCCGUUCCGCCGCGGCAGAAAGAAGCGGAUCCCGUACACUAAAGUCCAACUGAAGGAGUUGGAGAAAGAGUACACUGCCAACAAGUUUAUCACCAAGGACAAGCGGAGGAAGAUCUCGGCCGUGACCAAUCUGUCCGAGCGACAGAUCACCAUCUGGUUCCAGAACCGCAGGGUGAAGGAGAAGAAGUUUGUGGCCAAAGUGAAGAGCAGCGCGCCGUAGCCGCUGUGAGGAGAGACAUUUUUAGACCGUGCGUGUCCUUCAAGAUUUGAAGGGACAGGGACAGAAUCCGAGCAUAAGUAUGUCAUUAUAAUGUACUGUACAUUCAAUUUCCCCGCCUGCGUCUACGUCUGUCUUGUUGUCUGUGCGCCCUUGAUCGCAGUACCUUUCUGUCGUGUUUAUACCGCAUGUAACUCAGCAAAGAAAGUCUGUCCGCUUACAUUCUUUCAUGAUCUUCCUACAAGCUGCUGGUGACGGUGCUCCUUCUGUGGUUGCAGUAUUUUGGUUCCAAACAACAUCCA